AUGCGCUCUAAAUGAAAUAAGAAAAUAAUCGUGGACAGCUGUACUAGCCGUUGGAGGUUCUGUACAGUGGGAGUCGGCGAGUGCCGCUUACUGCCAUAAUGUCACUGCAAAGGUGUCAAACUGAAUGGGGAGAAAUUGACCAAGAAUAUCAACAGUUACAGGAAACUCACAAAGUGUACAGACAGAAGCUCGACGAGCUCACCAACCUCCAGGCAACAUGCAGCAGUGCCAUUAGUAAACAGAGGAAGGGUCUAAAAGACCUCCGGCACAGUCUGCGCAAAUGUACAAAAACAAGCGAUGAGAAAGAAACGGAACUGAUCAAAGACAUCCAAAUGCAAAUUAAAGACAAAGAACAUUUCUUCUUUGAUAUGGAAGCCUAUUUGCCAAAGAAGAAUGGAUUGUACUUAAAUUUGGUCCUUGGCAAUGUGAAUGUCACACUCCUCAGCAACCAGGCUAAAUUUGCCUACAAAGAUGAAUAUGAGAAGUUCAAGCUUUGUAUGACAAUAAUCUUGAUGUUUGCUGCCAUAACCUGUCUCUUCUUGUUCAAUUACCGUGUCACAGAUGAAAUCUUCAACUUCUUGCUGGUUUGGUACUAUUGCACUUUGACCAUAAGGGAAAGCAUCCUCAUGAGCAAUGGGUCCAGGAUUAAAGGGUGGUGGGUCUCCCAUCAUUACGUCUCUACCUUCCUAUCAGGUGUAAUGCUUACCUGGCCAGAGGGGUCCAUGUAUCAGAUGUUCAGAAGUCAAUUCCUUGCCUUCUCCAUUUAUCAGAGCUUUGUGCAGUUUCUUCAAUAUUACUACCAAAGUGGCUGCUUAUACAGGUUACGAGCUUUGGGAGAAAGAAAUCAGUUGGACCUCACAGUAGAGGGGUUCCAGUCAUGGAUGUGGAGAGGGCUCACCUUCGUCUUGCCAUUCCUCUUCUUCGGACAUUUCUGGCAGCUGUACAAUGCUUUGACCCUGUUUCGGUUGGCAGGACAUAAAGACUGUAAAGAGUGGCAGGUGUUUAUGUUGGCAUUGACAUUUCUUGUCCUAUUCCUGGGGAAUUUUCUUACCACAUUGAAAGUUGUUCGCCAAAAAGUACAGGAAAACCCAGAGAAAGUGCAAAAGCAAGAGUGAAUACAAGUCUGACUACAGCUCAGACUCCCAAGUGGCCAGUGACCAUGAAACAAAAUGCCACUUUGAAACGCACAAUCGAUGGAAAUAUGGACUGCAGGAGUUUUUUGCCAGGAUAAGACGGAGUGAAGAGACCGAUGUGUCUCAGCCUUGAUGACAGUUGCAACAUUAACCAAUAACCUUGGCUGAAUGUGCUUUUGUUUCCAAUAGUUUGUCGUUGUCCUUGCUACACAUGCAAUCACAACACAGAGCGGCCUUCUGGCAGUUGAACCACUGGACCAUUUGAGACUUGAUCCUGUAGAUUUAGAGUAAUUGGACAGACUUAUUCAUUAUGGUGUGGAUGUAUUUAGGACAGAACAUGUACUACAUGUACAGAGAUCCACUCUUUAAACUAUAUGCAACUAAACAAAGACGGGUAGCAUUAGGUCAUGAGAAGAGGUUAGAUUUACCUACAAAGUAUAUGUACUGUCAAUACUUCACACAGCUGUUUUCGGUAUGGAAUAUUUGAAUGCAUCCAUGGCACAGCAAUUUUGACUGUUCACAACUACAAGUGUCUGUCGUUUUGAUAUAUUUUUCAGUAAAGAUGCAUUGAACUAUACAAUUCUCCCGGUGUGCUGUUUGAAAGUAAACCUGUUUCUUUUCUCUGGAUAUUGACAUGUUGAUGCGGGUACAUCUUAUAUAAAAAACUAAAAUCUGCUUUUUAUUUCAGCAAUGUACCAGCCAGGACUUGUUAACUGAUCAUAGACAUUUACAAACUUUAACAGCAGCCAUUUACUACCAUUGUUUGGGUUGUUUUGGCAACCAUAAAUUACAGCUGUUCUAUUUUUAAAUAAAUAAUACUAUUUUAAAUAAUGAAUAUACUAAUAAAUGUCAAGGUUUUAGUAUACAAGGAUUUUCUUUCCCUUCUGUAAUGCACCUUGUUAAACUGAGUUCCUGGUGUCAUAACUUCAGUCGAUUCAGAAUUAAGACACAAAUCCAUCUUUAAAUAAAUCCUGUAAUCCAGUUCAAAAUGAUAACCCUUUCAAUUAAUGGUUAUUUGAGACCUGUCCAAUUCAGGCUGUGCUGGUUGUUUUGAGUUCACCUUUGUCUCACAGUAUGCUGUAAAUGUCUACUUCAAACAAUUGCUGGUACUUUGAGCAAAUUAUUGGGAAUAAUGUCUUCAGUACAAAUAUGCUGGCGUGAUCAAGUUCUAUAACUCUGCUAACAUACCGUAUGUAUUGUAACGCAUCAACUCUGAACUAAGGCAAAAUCUCAUGAGCUUGUGUGUAUCCCUUUUCAGUGUCCUUUAAUUUUGAACUGUAGUAUUAGAUCUGAACAACUUCAGUACUUAGUGACAGCGCUCUCUAAUGCCUCAUCUCUCCCUGUAGCCUGUCACAAUUACUUGAUUGAUUUUUUUGUUCCAUUUGGAAUCAAGCGUUCUGUUUUGUUAUUGAAAAAAUCUAAGGUCUUGGAUAUUAGUCUUGUUUCUGUAAAGAAGAAAAAUCCAUUCUACGCUUGAAGGGAGCCACUCUUUUGGUUAUACUUGUAGGCAAAAGCCUGUUAUUGACCAUUAGUCCAAAAUGUUACAUUCUGUUAGUAACAUCAACUGCCGCAAUGCACUACACAACAGCACCUAUUUCCUCAUAUGUUGUGGUAUUGGUUUCAUGUCAUGGAUUGUCCCAUAAGACUGUACCUUGUGCCUAAACGUAUCACUGUAACAAGAGACAGUGGACUAAGUGAUUUCAUUGAUUGUCUCUGAUUAAAGGAUGAUAUCUGAGAGGAAUUUAUUUACAUUGAUAAGGCCCUGUUUUGGAACUAACAAAUAUUAAAUGAUAAGUCAUGUAACAAACAUAUUUGCUUAGCAAAGAAAUAUAUACAUCAGCUUUCACAUGCCUAUCUACAGUACUACUGUAGGACACAUUGCUAUGUCAGUGUUUUUUCAUAGCAACCACCACUAGUGGGCACUGUCAUUAAACUUUAGAAAACUGCAAUAGAUAUUUGUCCAGACUCCAGCUCUGAAAGGAACUGAUGUCUAUCAGCUUUCAACCACAGUAGUAAAUGGUUGUAAAUUGUCCUGACAAUGUAAAAGGUGCAGUCUACUUAUCAUCCUCUGCAGAAAGGGUAAGUCACUUACAUGAACAUGUGUAAUGGCAGUGGUGUAAAUUACUCAAGUAAAAAAUACUUUUGGAGUAUCUCUAC